UCAAAACGUUGAUCAGGACUUUUCUCCAUUCUCCACAUGAGGUCCUCAUUUUUCAAAACAAACAAAAUGGCGGCGCACAUGAGAUGGGGUCUUCACCAACUGUUGCGGACAAGGAGCACGUUUCACUUUAGGUUUCCAGACAAGAGCAGCGGUUCGUCCCACUCACAGUCCACGGUCCAGAGCUUCAGAAGAGUCCAGCCUCAGCUCAGGACAGGAAUCACACACUUGUCAAUACGACACCUGUCCAUCCAGACUCAAGACACUCCCAACCCCAGAAGCUUGAAGUUUCUCCCUGGAAAAGCUGUCCUAGGAAGUGGGACGCUUGACUUUCCUACGUCCGACUCGGCCGGAUGUUCAUCUUUAGCCAGGGACCUGUUUGAAAUCGAAGGAGUAAAAAGUGUGUUCUUCGGCCCUGACUUCAUCACGGUGACUAAAACAGAUGAGGAUGUGGAGUGGACAGACAUUAAGCGUCAUGCUUUGGAGGCCAUUUCUAAGUUCUUUGAGAGUGGUGAUCCAAUAACAACAGGAGCAGUGCACCAUGAAAGCAGUCAUUCAGAAGAUGAUGAUGAUAUUGUGUCUAUGAUAAAGGAGCUUCUGGACACCAGAAUCAGACCCACGGUGCAGGAGGAUGGAGGCGAUGUCGUCUUCAAGGGUUUUGAGAACGGCACAGUCAAGCUGAAGCUGGUGGGUUCCUGCACAGGAUGUCCCAGCUCUACGGUCACCCUGAAAAACGGCAUCCAGAACAUGAUGCAGUUUUACAUCCCUGAAGUAGACACGGUGGAACAGGUGGAAGAUGAAGUUGAUGAAAUCAACGCAAAGGUUUUCUCUGAGGUCGAACGCAAAUUACAAGAAUAACUACUCAUUCCUGACCAAUGCCAUCAUGAACGGUUAAAAUAAAAAUAUGUUUCUCCUUGUAAUGAUGCAUAUUAUUCCCACAAAUCAAGAGAGGAGAGAAAAUGAUUUCGUUGUAUCUUCUUUGCAGACUUUAUACUGUAAACCUGCAGUUAGUGUGUACUGUCUGUCCCUCUGUAUACUGUAUACUAUACUGUAUACUUGUAUGCAGAAGAAGCACAUUUUUUGUUGAGCUUUCUGGCUGUACAUGUUUUGUUAUAUUUAUUAUUUUUGAAUAUUGUAUAUUUUUAAAAGAACAUUAUAAUGAAGAUAUUGUAAAGGUUUACGGCAGUAGUUAAGAUGAAGAUUUGAUUGAGUAUUCGAGUUGUUUUUGCCAUUUGCAACAAAACAGCACUGAACGGUUUUUGCUUGUGAAUAUAUCCCGUACAAAUAAAAUGUUAUUAAGGCUACAAUUCUUCAUCAAGUAGAACUGUAAAUUAUAUGAAUACUGUAUCAUGUAGUUUUUUUUGCUGCACUCUUAAGACUUGUAAAGUCACAUUAAAGCUCACAGUUUGAAACCAAA